GCAGAUUCAGUACCUCAAGACAAACGCUGAUGUGGAUUCCAGAUUCUUUUUUUUCCAGUUUGCUGAGUGGAAGAAUUUCAACACUUCGAGAUGAAACUGGUGCUAUAUUUAUUGACAGGGAUCCAGCAGCAUUUGCACCUAUUUUAAAUUUUCUUCGGACAAAAGAACUAGACUUAAGGGGAGUGAGUAUUAAUGUUCUCAGGCACGAAGCAGAAUUUUAUGGAAUUACUCCAUUAGUCAGAAGGCUCCUCCUGUGUGAAGAACUCGAGCGCUCGUCCUGUGGCAGUGUCCUCUUCCAUGGGUAUUUGCCGCCACCAGGUAUUCCUAGUCGUAAAAUAAACAACACAGCUAGAGCCUCUGCUGAUUCUAGAAAUGGACUAAAUUCUGCGGAAGGUGAAGCCCGAGGAAAUGGUACCCAGCCUGUUCUCUCUGGCCCUGGAGAAGAGACUGUCAGACUAGGAUUUCCUGUGGAUCCACGAAAGGUGCUAAUAGUAGCUGGCCAUCACAACUGGAUUGUAGCUGCGUACGCUCACUUUGCUGUGUGUUACAGAAUCAAAGAAUCUUCAGGAUGGCAACAAGUGUUUACAAGCCCAUAUUUGGAGUGGACUAUUGAACGAGUGGCUUUAAAUGCCAAAGUGGUUGGAGGUCCGCAUGGGGACAAAGAUAAAAUGGUUGCUGUUGCCUCAGAGAGUAGCAUUAUCCUGUGGAGCGUUCAGGAUGGAGGAAGUGGAACUGAAAUAGGGGUGUUCAGCCUUGGUGUCCCUGUGGAUGCUCUCUUCUUUAUUGGGAACCAGUUGGUGGCCACGAGUCACACCGGGAAAGUCGGAGUGUGGAAUGCUGUCACUCAGCACUGGCAGGUUCAAGACGUUGUUCCCAUAACUAGUUACGACACCGCCGGGUCUUUCCUCCUCCUGGGCUGUAACAACGGGUCCAUCUAUUACAUAGAUAUGCAGAAGUUCCCUUUACGAAUGAAGGAUAAUGAUCUUCUUGUAACUGAACUUUAUCAUGAUCCCUCAAAUGAUGCUAUUACUGCUCUGAGUGUUUACCUCACGCCAAAAACAAGCGUCAGCGGAAACUGGAUCGAGAUUGCCUACGGCACGAGCUCGGGCGCAGUGCGAGUGAUCGUCCAGCACCCUGAGACCGUUGGGUCAGGCCCCCAGCUUUUCCAGACUUUCACCGUUCACCGAAGUCCCGUUACAAAAAUCAUGUUGUCAGAGAAGCAUCUCGUGUCAGUUUGUGCAGAUAAUAAUCAUGUUCGUACUUGGACAGUAACACGCUUCAGAGGGAUGAUCUCUACUCAGCCGGGUUCCACUCCGCUAGCAUCCUUCAAGAUACUCUCUCUGGAGGAGACAGAAAGUCAUGGUAGCUAUUCGUCUGGAAAUGACAUAGGGCCUUUCGGAGAGCGAGAUGAUCAACAGGUGUUUAUCCAGAAAGUUGUGCCCAUCACUAACAAACUGUUUGUAAGACUCUCAUCUACAGGGAAAAGAAUAUGUGAGAUCCAGGCUGUGGACUGCACUACGAUAUCCUCUUUCACCGUGAGAGAGUGUGAGGGGUCCAGUAGGAUGGGCUCCAGGCCCAGGCGCUAUCUGUUCACAGGCCAUACAAACGGCAGCAUUCAAAUGUGGGAUCUGACCACUGCGAUGGACAUGGUUAACAAGAGUGAAGAUAAAGAUGUAGGUGGUCCCACAGAGGAAGAACUACUCAAAUUAUUAGAUCAGUGUGAUCUGAGUACCUCUCGCUGUGCCACUCCCAACAUCAGCCCAGCAACUUCCGUGGUUCAGCAUAGCCGUCUGCGGGAAUCCAAUUCCAGCCUUCAGCUUCAGCACCACGAAACCAUUCAUGAAGCAACUACGUAUGGUUCUGUGAGACCUUACCGGGAGAGCCCUUUGCUAGCAAGGGCACGGAGGACUGAGAGCUUUCACAGUUACAGGGACUUCCAGACUAUUAGUUUGAACAAGAAUGUAGAAAGAGCUGUCCCUGAGAAUGGUAACUUGGGUCCCGUACAAGCCGAAAUGAAGCGGGCAACAGGGGAAUGUAGUGUAUCUGAAAGAGAGUCUCCUGGAACAGAAAUAAAGCAUUUGAGAGAAGCAGACAGUGGUUUGGAAGCUCAGAAAAUAGCUGAAGGUUUUUUAGAAUCCAAGAAAAGGUCAUCAGAAGAUGAAAAUGAAAAUAAGGCAGAUUUACGGAAGAAAGGAUUUGAAGGGGGAGGAUUCCUGGGAAGAAAGAAAGUUCCCUACCUGGCAUCCUCACCAAGUACUUCUGAUGGAGGUGCUGACUCACCUGGUACUGCAUCCCCGUCUCCUACGAAGACCACUCCAUCUCCUCGGCAGAAAAAAAGUGAUUCUUUGGGUCAAGAGUACAGCUUGUGAGAACUCACCAAAAUGAAUAGUUGUUAUGCUAAACUUAGAAGAAAGUUGAACUUUACUAGCUUUCAGAUAAAUCAGUGUUAACAUCAAAUUUGCCAGGUUAAAAGGUCUUUCAGGACCUUUUUAACAGAAUUACCAGGAGUGAAAGCUAAAAUAAGUUCUUCAUGUUGUUGGAAUUUUACUCGGUUUUACCAUACAUUUUAGAAUCAUGUGUAAAGCAGGAGUCAGUCUCAACCUAUAGCUGCUGUUUGUUGGUUGUAGAAACACAGUACCACAUUGCAAGAUGUGCCCAUAGGUAUCCAUGAGCGUCCUCCCAGAGGGUGGGACUCACCGCACUAGGUUCCUAAUCUGGAUUAUGCCUGGGACCUGCCUCACAUUCCUUAGUGAAUCACAUCAUUCUCCCCAAAACCUUCCUGUGUUUGCAAAAUGUUUACCAGAUGUUUGAAUGAGGUGCUAUGUGUGUGAGGGGUAGCGGGGGUGGGGGUGAGUCAUGUACGUAAUUCAGAAACACUAUUGAUGUUGAAUACAGAGUCCACUGUGUAGGAAGUCCUGUAAGGUGUAGGUUUUGGGGGGCAUCAUUUUCUGAUUUUCAUGUUGGAGCUCUUAAAUUGUAGCAUUACCCAUAUUAAGUUCCAAGAAUCCAUUCUAACUUUUUUCCAAGUUGAAACAGUUGUCUGUGUUUGAACUGAUGAAAUAAAAGUAAUCAAGGGCAAAGCUUUUAGUGCCCAGACAGGAAAGCUGAGGUACCAGUUUUUGGUGUGCUUGACUUUUUUUUUCUCAUUUAUGUCAAUAACAAAUAAUGAAACCUAAAAUGUGGCCAUUUUAUUAAUCUUUGUGACUGAAGUUCUCACUUUUUGGUUAAUGAAUUUGACUGUUGUGAAAAUGUUAUCUUGGGUAUAUUUUGAAUUAUAAGGGCAAAAUAAUAAUUUUUGUACUUCCCCCACCCCCAUUUAAAUUAGAAUGAUCGUCAAGUUUCUGCAAAUAGAGUAAUUGUAUAUUUAAAGCAUUAAACAUUUGUUGGUGAUAAUGUGUAUAUUUCCACUCCAUGAAAUUUAAAAAGUGAGUGGAGUCAAAAUAAAUUCUUUAAAGUCUAUAUUGCCUGCAGGUGGUUUCACAAUAAUCCUCUUGUAUUUAUUUAUCAAUGAAGUCUAAUAAAAAUAAGAAAAUGA